GGGGAGGAACUUGAGCGGGCCCGGGACGGGAACGGUGUCUUCUCCCGCGACCAUGGACGCGCACCCUCCGUCUUGGUUUCCUCCUACCCGUGAGAAGGAUCAACGGGAAAUAGCGUUAAAUAAGGCUGCUGUUGUGAUGCUCGUGUUAAGACAAUACUACGUACUGACUGUCAAGAAAUUGAGAACACGAGAUUAACAACUAAUGAUGCAGGUUUUCUUGGCUUUGAAACGUAUGCUGAACUUCAAUGUCCCUCCUGUUAAAAACAGCACAGGAGAACCAGUGUGGAAGGUUCUCAUUUAUGACAGAUUUGGCCAAGAUAUAAUCUCACCUUUGCUGUCAGUGAAAGAGCUGAGAGAUAUGGGGAUCACUUUGCAUCUGCUUUUGCAUUCAGAUCGGGACGCUAUUCCAGAUGUUCCAGCUGUUUACUUUGUAAUGCCAACAGAAGAAAAUAUUGACAGAAUGUGCCAGGAUCUUCGAAACCAGCUUUAUGAAUCUUAUUAUUUAAACUUUAUUUCUGCCAUUUCAAGAAGUAAACUGGAAGAUAUUGCAAAUGCUGCUAUAGGUGCUAAUGCAGUAACUCAAGUGGCUAAGGUGUUUGAUCAAUAUCUUAAUUUUAUUACUUUAGAAGAUGACAUGUUUGUAUUGUGUAACCAAAACAAAGAACUUGUUUCAUAUCGUGCCAUUAACCGACCAGAUAUAACAGACACAGAAAUGGAAACGAUAAUGGACACUAUUGUUGAUAGUCUCUUCUGUUUUUUUGUUACACUUGGCGCUAUUCCUAUAAUCAGAUGCUCAAGAGGAACUGCAGCUGAAAUGGUGGCAGUGAAAUUGGAUAAGAAGCUCAGAGAGAAUCUAAGAGAUGCCAGAAACAGUCUUUUUACAGGCGACACACUUGGAGCUGGGCAGUUCAGCUUCCAAAGGCCCCUAUUAGUCCUUGUUGACAGAAACAUAGAUUUAGCAACUCCUCUACAUCAUACUUGGACAUACCAAGCUUUAGUGCAUGAUGUUCUGGAUUUUCAUUUGAAUAGAGUUAACUUGGAAGAAUCGAUAGGAAUGGAAAGUUCUCCAGCAGGUGCUAGACCUAAGAAAAAAAAUAAGAAGUCCUAUGAUUUAACUGCAUCUGAUAAAUUCUGGCAAAAGCAUAAAGGCAGUCCUUUUCCAGAGGUAGCCGAGUCUGUUCAGCAAGAACUGGAAUCUUACAGAGCCCAAGAAGAUGAAGUCAAAAGACUCAAAAGUAUCAUGGGUAUAGAAGGGGAGGAUGAAGGAGCAAUAAGUAUGCUUUCAGAUAAUACAGCUAAGCUAACUUCAGCUGUCAGCUCUCUUCCAGAACUUCUGGAAAAGAAGAGGCUCAUUGAUCUUCAUACAAAUGUUGCAACAGCUGUUUUGGAGCACAUAAAGAGUCGAAAGCUGGAUGUGUAUUUUGAAUAUGAGGAAAAAAUAAUGAGCAAAUCUACUCUGGAUAAAUCUCUUCUGGACAUGAUUUCUGACCCAGAUGCAGGAACCCCGGAAGAUAAAAUGCGAUUAUUUCUCAUCUAUUACAUAAGCUCAACUCAGGCACCUUCAGAGAUUGAUUUGGAGCAGUAUAAAAAAGCAUUGAUGGAUGCAGGUUGUAAUCUCGCUCCUUUGAGCUACAUAAAACAAUGGAAGGCUUUCACUAAGAUGGCUUCAGCUCCAACCAGCUAUGGAAACACAACGCCUAAACCAUUGGGUCUGUUUUCACGUGUUAUGAAUACAGGAUCACAGUUUGUAAUGGAAGGAGUGAAGAAUUUGGUACUGAAGCAACAAAAUCUGCCAGUCAGACGCAUUUUGGACAAUCUCAUGGAGAUGAAGUCAAACCCUGAGACAGAUGACUACCGGUAUUUUGACCCCAAGAUGCUACGAGGCAGUGACAGCUCAGUUCCAAGAAAUAAAAAUCCAUUCCAGGAGGCCAUAGUGUUUGUAGUCGGAGGAGGCAACUAUAUUGAAUAUCAAAAUCUUAUUGACUACAUAAAGGGUAAACAAGGCAAACAUGUCCUGUAUGGCUGCAGCGAACUUUUUAAUGCUACGCAGUUUAUAAAACAGCUGUCCCAGCUUGGCCAGAAAUAAGACUGAAACACCUGGAUGGCAGUGUGACAACAGAAUCGUUACCACAUUCAGAUAUCUUCAUAUCUUUAAUUUUGUCAUUAUAUUAAAACUUAAACCCGUUUCACUAAUAUGAUAACUUUUAAAAAAUGUGUAAUUAAUACGGUGUAUAUCAGCAUUUCAGAAAUAAACCUUAAAACCU